CAACAACAAAAAACGAGAAGACUCCGCAACAAGUAACAAACAACAAACAGAAGCGGGAAAAAAGAACCAAGCCCGUUAGCAGAAAAGAGAAAAGGAAGCAGAAAGAACCGAUCCGAKCCGAUCUCGACCAUGGAAGCAAUCCUCAAGGUCUUUGACGACGAGCGUCGAUCCGUCGGGGGUUCGRUGCGCGAGAGAAAGAAGCAAUCGGUGCUCGCGAAGCAGARGSCACCGUCGGCGGCCGAAAGGGAAUCGAUCUCCGCCUCACUGGAAGCACUGGCGCGUGCCCUCCGAGACGCCCUGCCGUCCCUGGAAGGCGGGGAAACCAAGACCCCCGAAGGCGACGCCUCUGGAAAUGCAUCCGACGUUCGCUGGCUCWUGAAAACCCUCCGUCCCCUGGCCUCCGACGACGACCACCUCUCGCURAUKGCGCGUCUCGUCUGGGAUGCCUGCCARUCGAAGGACCAAUCGCAGCAGGAAGAAGCCCUCUUCGCCGCCCUCGGUGCCUCCGAAGAAGCCAUGGCGGCCCUCUUCGAGAUCGUCCCCCGGAUUCCCGACCUCCGGAGGGAAAUCACCGCCGAGUCCCUGCGGGAUGCGGGYAUCGCCGGUGGAGGAUCACGCACCGGUGGUGCGGCCGACGGCAGCGGAGGCGGCUUCGAAAGCACCACCACCGAGGAUCCCGCCGAGGCCGAGCGGCGGAGGCUGCGGCAGGAGGCCUACGAGGCCGCACAGAUCGCCGCCAUUGCCAAGGCGGAGGCCGAGGCCGUCACGGGCCGGACCUCGGCCCACGCCACCCACACGGUCGUCCGGCAGAGCGAGAAGGCCCUGAUCAAGGCGGCCCAGAAGGCCCAGAAACAGGCGAACCAGGCCCUGCAGAGAGCCAAGGCGGCGGGGGCCAUCCUGGACGAGUCCGAUCUGGCCUUUGSUCCGGGGGGAGCCGCUGCGGAGCAGGGCCUGGGGGGGCUGAUGAACCGCUCGGAGGACGAGCUCCGGGCCAUCCAGGCGGCCCUGCAGCCGGAGGGGACGCGGAUGCGCCACACGGACGGGACGCUCCCGAGCGGAACCAUCCGGGAGGACGACGACGUGAUCGGGUACGAAAAGGUCACGAUUCCUCCGCCCAGGCUCGACCCGGGGAGCCUGCACGAGCGCCUCAAACUGGACGACAUCUUUGUCAACGCGAACGAGAUGGACUGCAAGCGCGCCUUUGCCGGGACCAAGAGCCUCAACCCGAUGCAAUCGACGGUCUUCGAAACGGCCUUUCGCCGCCGCGAAAACGUUCUGGUCUGCGCWCCCACGGGGGCCGGGAAAACCAACGUGGCCCUGCUGUGCGUGACGGCCCACUUCCGGGACGUGGGUCUGAUCGGGAACACCGGCGACGACGACUACGACUACGACAGCGACGGAGACAGCUACGGAGACGAACACGACGACGGAGCCGUCAACAAGAACAAAAACAACAAUUCUUCGUCGGGCGGCAUCCUCGAGACGGGCCAAAAGGUCGUCUACAUCGCCCCGAUGAAGGCCCUCGCGCAGGAGGUGGUCGAAAAGUUUUCCUCCAAGCUCAAGCCACUCGGCCUGAUCGUUCGGGAACUGACGGGGGACAUACAGCUCACCAGGGCCGAGGCCCAGUCCGCCAACGUCAUCGUCACCACCCCCGAAAAAUGGGACGUCGUGACGAGAAAGUCYGGUGCCGACGACAACUCGCUCGGGAACCAGUGCGGCCUGCUCAUCAUCGAYGAGGUCCACCUGCUGGCCGACGACCGCGGGGCGGUCAUCGAGUCGGUGGUGGCGAGGCUKCACCGGCUCGUGGAAACCCGGCAAAAACAGCAGCGGAUCGUGGGCCUCUCGGCAACCCUGCCCAACUACAAGGACGUGGCGGAGUUCCUCCAGKUCCCGGAGCGGGGGCUCUUCUACUUUGGUCCGGAGUUCCGGCCCGUUCCCAUGCAGCAGACCUUUGUGGGGGUGACCGGGAACGUGAAAAACCGCUUCCUGAUGAACAGCAAGAUGGACGACGUUUGCUACGAAAUGGUGAAGGAUUCUUUGGCRCGUGGCUAUCAGGUCAUGGUCUUUGUGCACUCCCGAAAGGGAACGGGGGAUGCGGCAAGCGCACUGGCCCAGCGKGCCCAGGCCGCCGGCGAACUGGAGCGCUUCUUCACCACCCAGGGCAAAGAAAACGGCGGCGCAGAAGCCUAYAAGCGCUACGCCGACCGGGCCAAAAAAUCCCGGAAYCGGGAGGUGACCAACCACUUUUACAACGGCAUGGGCAUCCAYCACGCCGGAAUGCUCCGGGGAGAUCGCAAGCUGACCGAGAGCAUGUUUGCCGACGGGGCCAUCAAGGUGCUGUGCUGUACCGCUACCCUUGCCUGGGGAAUCAAUCUCCCRGCUCACACCGUCGUGGUGAAGGGGACGGACAUCUACAACCCCGAGAAGGGAAAGAUGGUCGACCUGAGCAUCCUCGACGUGCAGCAGAUUUUUGGCCGUGCCGGACGACCCCAGUACGAUAUUUCCGGAGAAGCAAACCUCAUCACGACCCACCAGGCACUGAAUCGCUACCUCGACAAGCUUGUUCGAGCGGUGCCGAUCGAAUCUACCUUUAUCAAGCAGCUUGCAGACCACCUCAACGCCGAAAUCGUGGGUGGAACGGUGACCAACCUCCAGGAAGCAGUCAAUUGGCUGAGCUAUACCUAYCUAUACGUUCGAAUGCUUAAAAACCCGCUGGCAUACGGCAUCAAUGCCGAUCAAAAGGCGGACGAUCCGUCUCUUCGUGGCCGGCUGCUCGAACUCGUGCGGGAAGCCGCAACGACCCUGUCACAAGAAAAGAUGAUUUCCUUCCACCCUCCCACCGGCAAUCUCAGCAUGACGACUCUAGGACGGGUGAGUCCUUCGCCGCGCCUUGUGCAACUGGUAGAACCACUUKCCUCGUGUGGUAGGUGGAUGGUCCGUGGCAUUUGAUUCCAUGUUCUGACACGAUGCUUCUGCUCUUUUUUUUUACGCGACCAGGUUGCCGCGCAUUUUUACAUCCAAGCCGAAAGUGUUGCGACCUUCAACGAUCAGAUGGAAAUCAAUCCGUAUCCAAACGACAUAGACGUCUUGCACAUGGUCUCCUCCGCCAACGAAUUCGAAAACCUGCGGGUGCGACAGGAGGAACAAAAAGAACUGGACAGCUUGCAGGGAAAAUGUCCCCUGACAUUGGAGGGCCCGGUGAACGACUCGGCAACAAAAGCAUUCGUCUUGAUGCAGGCGUUCAUUUCGAGUGAGCGACCCAAGGGUUUCACGCURAUUUCCGACACCAACUACAUAGCUUCCAACGCUGGUCGCGUGGCGCGGGCCAUUUUCGAAAUGUGUCUCCACGGAAACAAGGCUGGCACCGCGCUCAAACUACUGCGCUUUGCAAAAAGCAUCGACAACCAGUUUUGGUGGUUCCAAUCGCCGUUGCGUCAUUUUCAGAGCGAGAUUGGAAUGAAUUCCAUCAAGGCGCUGGAGAGUCGCCAUCUGGGUGUGGGAAGAAACAGGUACGACUCCCUGUCGUCUACCCUAGAUUUGCUCGAAAUGACCCCGGAAGAAGUUGGCCAGAUUGUUCGAUCSAAAAAGGCGACGGGUGCGAAAAUCCAGCGGUUUGUGGGCAUGAUUCCAAAACCAAUAAUUUCUUGCAACGUGCAACCUGUCACGAAUAGCGUCUUAAAGUUUCAGAUCGAGAUAAGUCCCGACUUUGAAUGGCAGGGUCGAUGGCACGGUGGGGCCGGUAAGCUAUGAUUUGGCGACUGCGUGCUUGUCUUCAAUUGCUCUUUCMUUCUAGUCUCUCAUUUUUAUUCUCUCUCCUUUCCAUCUAUAGUUUUCUUUUGGCUCUGGAUAGAAGACGCACAAAGCGAACGGAUUUAUCAYCAAGAACAGGUGAUGUUUACGAAGAAGACUUAUCCCGAGUCAGUGAAUCUCGAAAUGUACAUACCGACGUUUGCAACUUCUGCUCAAUAUCUUGUCCGUCUGGUGUCUGACUCGUGGGUUGGAGUUGAAGUGGUUCACCCCGUCUCCUUAGAGCAAACAAGGAUGCCGGAACAAGUYGUUACUAAUACAGAUUUGAUGGACCUGACUCCAUUGCCAACAACAGUGCUUCAAAACGAAAAAUACGAACAGUURUUUUCACGCAUUGAUACUUUCAACCCGGUACAGACCCAACUCUUUCAUGUACUCUACCACACGGACCUCCCCGUUUUAUUGGGAGCCCCGACCGGAAGUGGAAAAACAGUUGUUGGUGAAUUAACAAUUUUGAGGAUGAAACGACUGCACAAGAAUGGAAUUUGUGUCUACAUUGCUCCACUGAAGUCUCUCGCUCGAGAACGACUCAAGGAGUGGGGCAAGCGCUUCGGUGGUGCUCCUAUGCAUUGGAAGAUUUUGGAAUUAUCCGGAGAUACCCACCAUGAUCGAAGAGCCUUAGAAUGUGCCGAUAUCUUGGUAUGCACACCAGAGAAAUGGGAUUUGAUUUCGCGUGGYUGGAGAGGUAGUGSUGAUGAAAAGUCAUCUUCUGACGACAACAACAGAAGAUCCUUUGUGAAACGUGUUCGUCUUUUGGUAAUCGACGAAAUCCAUCUUCUGGGAGAGGAAAGAGGUGCCGUUCUCGAAGCGAUUGUCAGUCGCACCAGAUUUAUAUCCCGUUCUUUACAACAGAACCAAGGGUCAAAUCGAUCCACAAAUGAUCCCGAAAUGAUUCGCAUUGUUGGGCUGUCCACUGCCGUUGCCAAUCCUCUGGAUUUGGCAGAUUGGAUGGGUAUAGAUACCACAAAGAAGAUUGGCAUGUACAACUUUCGACCUUCGAUUCGUCCUGUCCCAACGUACAUUCAUAUUCAAGGAUACCCUGGCAAACAUUAUUGUCCUAGGAUGGCUACAAUGAACAAACCCUGCUAYGCAGCYAUCAAACAACACUCACCUGAUCGGCCUUCGCUCAUUUUCGUUGCAUCAAGACGACAAACUAGAUUGACGGCUUUCGAUCUGAUUAGUUUUGCCGCCGGUGACCAAGAUCCAAAGGUAUUCCUUGGCUGUGAUGAUGCAUAUAUCGACGGGAUCGCAGCAUCUAUCCAAGACGAGGCAUUGCGACAUACUAUAACGUUUGGUAUUGGUCUGCAUCAUGCAGGUCUUUCCAGUGGAGAUCGGGAUAUUGUGGAGCGUCUGUAUCUAAGUGGAGAAAUUCGAGUUCUWGUCGCUACAGCUACUCUUGCCUGGGUAAGUAUGUUUGGUAGGAUGAACAYUUCAAUUUAUGACGGGUUCCUAAUUUUUUUUUCAAUCUUUUCAUAUCUAGGGAGUAAACCUUCCAGCACGUCUCGUCAUCGUGAAAGGAACGGAGUAUUUCGACGGAAAGGUAUCGCGAUACGUCGAUUAUCCUUUGACGGAUGUUCUGCAAAUGAUAGGAAGAGCCGGCAGGUACGUAAUCGUUAUCACUCUUCGGUACUAUAAACUUUUUUCUUUUCCACAUGUCACUUAUACGAACGUUUCGUUCACAGACCUGGUUUCGAUACAGAAGGAACGGCUGUGGUUUUGUGCGAAAGCAGCAAGAAGAACUUUUACAAGAAAUUUCUCUACACACCCUUCCCUGUCGAGUCCUGUUUGCGUGAUCGCCUCUGUGAAAACUUAAAUGCUGAAAUCGCUACUGGAACGGUGAAUUCUAAACUGGAUGCUGUUGGCUAUCUUAUAUGGACAUUCUUUGCACGAAGAGUGAAGGCAAAUCCAUCAUAUUAUGGGGCAAAGAGCUCAUCUUCUGAGCACGUGGAAGAGUUUUUAACGUCKRUAGCCAAUGAAACACUGGAAAAAUUGGAAAAGGAAGGRUGCAUAGAGAGGGACGACAAUGAUGCUGUGAUUGCGUCUACGUUAGGAAAAKCAACUUCUGAAUUCUAUUUGAACCAUAGAACUGCCAAGCAAAUGCAAUUUGGUCUGAGGCAGUGCGCGAAGAUUAUUUUAUCCGAGAAMCCAGCGGUAGAUGAUAUAGACGACAGGACACCAACCCUUCGUCCAYUGAAACGUACGGGCCGGUUAGAAGAAGUAUCCAUCGCUUGGCUCUUGUACACACUCUGUUGUACACAUGAGUUCGACGAAUUGCCUGUGCGCCACAACGAGGAAUAUUUGAAUGAGGACUUGAGCAAAGACGUAAUGUGGGGACCUGAUACUUCUGCAGUCUUAUCCAAGGAUGGCAGAGCAGGGUAUGUUGAUGACGAGGUCUAUGCCGACUCGCAUACCAAGGGCUUUCUAUUGGUUCAGGCACAUCUAGAAAGAGUGAAACUCCCGAUCAGCGAUUACAUAAAUGACUCGAAAACGGUUAUGGACAGUGUCCCUCGGCUUUUAGCGGCCAUGCAGUUCAUAGCCGCACGUGAGGGUSGCACCGAUGGCUCGUUUGAUGUCUUGUGCCAGCUAGUUCGGACAAAACAGCUCAUUUCUACUAGAACGACUCCACGAAUGAAUCCUGGCACACAGCUAGUGGGAGUGAAUGAAUCAUCCUUCAACAUCAUAAUGAACAGAAUAAAUUCCAAGAAGAAGAAGGGGCAGAGCAAUUCGGAGAAGAAGAGAGAAAAUACASUUUGGAAACUACGCCGUACUCCUCUAAAAGAGGUUGGAGAGGCCAUAAGAAAUUGCCGCAAAGGAACCUUCAGAGCGCCACCCCAUAAAAUUCUGACUUCUCUACAGGUGAUGCCUUUGAUAACCUUGAAAGAAGGCAAGGUUUAUCACGAAAUUGACAAGGCAACGGGAAAAAGUAUCGGUACCUUGAAGGUUGCUCUACAAAUCGAGCGAGAGAAACCUCACAAAGACGAUUUCACCACGCUUUCCUUGGUGCUAGGGAGCUUCGAAAGCCAAAAACUGCUGGCCUGUUCAGAAGUUGCCGUUUCCCGGAACGGAACCUGGACGGUCGAAAAGCAGCUUCAGUUUGACUGGAAAACUGCAAAUGCAGAUGGCGGUGAGGAUGGCGGUCGAGUCGUAUUACGAUUGCUCUUGGACUCGAUCCGAGGUUUGGACUCAGAAAUUGUUUUCCCUAUUACGUAAACGAUCCCGGAGGCAUUGUUGGSUGACAUGAUUUCAAGAAAUGUUGGAAAACAUUUUACUAGCUAACAAAGAUAGAUGCUGUUU